ACUUUUUCAAAGAAGAACACACGGAUUUUAAGUAACAUUGCUGGAAUCUUACUUUCUUCUUUGUCGGGAGCUGAAGUCAGGUGGCGUUCACAUAAAGUCAUGUCCAGAUCGGGUGAUAGAACAUCCACCUUUGACCCAGCUCACAGUGACACGCUGCUGCACGGGCUCAACCUUUUGUGGAGGAAACAGCUUUUCUGUGAUGUGACUCUCACCGCCCAGGGACAGCAGUUCCACUGCCACAAAGCGGUGCUGGCGUCCUGCUCCCAGUACUUCAGGUCCCUCUUCUCCUCUCACAAUGCAAUCAACAAUGAGGGCAGUAAAGGAGAUCAGGCCAGCAGCGGGACCCCCUCGUCCUCCCCAGAUGACAAGCUUGUGACCCCCACUGCCAGGCCCAUUAAUAACCUGGUACUACAGGGCUGCUCCUCUAUUGGACUACGGCUAGUGCUGGAGUACCUCUACACUGCCAAUGUGACUCUUUCCCUGGACACAGUGGAAGAGGUGCUGUCAGUGAGCAAGAUCCUAAACAUCCCACAAAUCACCAAGCUCUGUGUGCAGUUCCUCAACGACCAGAUCUCUGUGCAGAAUUACAAGCAAAUCUGCAAGAUUGCCGCCCUCCACGGACUGGACGAGACAAAGAAGCUGGCCAACAAGUACCUGGUGGAGGACGUGCUUCUGCUAAACUUUGAGGAGAUGUGUGCCAUGCUGGACGCUCUGCCACCCCCAGUGGAGUCAGAGCUGGCACUGUUCCAGAUGUCAGUGCUGUGGCUGGAGCAUGACCGUGAGACUCGCAUGCACUACGCCCCAGACCUCAUGAAGAGGCUGCGCUUCGCCCUCAUCCCUGCCCCAGAGCUGGUGGAGAGGGUGCAGUCCGUUGAUUUCAUGAGGAGUGACCCGGUGUGCCAGAAAUUGCUCCUGGAUGCCAUGAACUACCAUUUGAUGCCCUUCAGACAGCACUGCAGGCAGACCGUGGCCAGCAGAAUCCGUUCCAAUAAGAGGAUGCUGUUGCUGGUGGGUGGGUUGCCUCCUGGACCUGAUCGUCUCCCUAGUAAUUUAGUCCAGUACUAUGACGACGAGAAGAAGACAUGGAAGAUCCUCACAAUAAUGCCUUACAACAGUGCUCAUCACUGUGUGGUGGAGGUGGAGAACUUCCUGCUGCUGCUCGGAGGAGAAGACCAGUGGAACCCCAACGGAAAACACAGCACUAAUUUUGUGAGCCGCUAUGAUCCGAGAUUUAACAGCUGGAUCCAACUGCCCCCGAUGCAGGAGAGGAGAGCCAGUUUCUUCGCCUGUCGCCUGGAUAAGCACUUGUAUGUGAUUGGUGGGAGGAAUGAGACAGGGUACCUCUCCAGUGUCGAGUCCUACAACCUGGAGACCAACGAGUGGAACUAUGUGUCCUCUCUCCCACAGCCUCUGGCCGCCCAUGCCGGAGCCGUGCACAAUGGGAAGAUUUACAUAUCAGGGGGAGUGCACAAUGGCGAGUAUGUGUCCUGGCUCUACUGUUAUGACCCUGUAAUGGACGUGUGGGCCCGUAAACAGGACAUGAACACAAAGAGAGCUAUUCACGCUCUGGCCGGGAUGAACGACCGUCUCUACGCUAUUGGCGGAAAUCAUCUCAAAGGGUUUUCUCACUUAGACGUGAUGCUGGUGGAGUGCUAUGACCCCAAAGCCGACCAGUGGAACAUCUUGCAGACGCCCAUCCUGGAGGGCCGCAGUGGGCCGGGCUGUGCCGUUCUGGAUGACAGCAUCUUCCUGGUUGGAGGCUACAGCUGGAGCAUGGGGGCCUAUAAGUCUUCUACCAUCUGCUACAGCCCAGAGAAAGGCUCAUGGACUGAGUUGGAGGGAGAGGUGGCAGAGCCGUUAGCGGGCCCUGCCUGCUCCACAGUCAUACUGCCAGCCUGCCUCCCUUUUAACAAAUGACAACUAAUGCCAUCGACGGGCCCAGACGUCAGGGAGGAAGAGUCCGACUGGGAGGAAGAGCGACACUGAGAAAAACAUCAGCAGCCUCCAGACACCUAAACGGGGUUGUGUAUAAAUAGUAUUUUUUUACCUGUUUGAUCAGAGCACUUUGGUUCUUCCCUACUGAAGAUUUGGAAAAAAAAUGUGUAAGUAAUGAAAAAUGCAGUAUUCCAACAAAAGAGUUGGUUCAUGUUUCAUUCCUAUGUAAAUGUUUUGGCUUCUCUUGGAUAGCACAUGACUGAAUUAUAGCUUUCAAACCAUUGUAUCUUACAUUCAAUUGUGAUGCUCCAGUGAUGGACUCCCAAAUAUGAAAGGAGCUGAAAAGAGCUGGAUAUUACAGAAGGUAACACGGACAUGUAUAAAUCUUGUUUAUGGCGUCACAUUCAUGUCUGGGUGGAUCGUGCACUUAUCCUGAUUUUCACCUGGGCAGAAUAUGCAAAUAUUUGUUCGACAAAGACAGUAAAUUAGUGGGCUCAUUGGGCUGUGAUAAUCCCUCCUGUGUGUUGGGUUUAUGUGUUAAUGGGUUAAAACACAAUAAUGGGUCAUCUUGACCAACGUGGAGCACACCUGG